AUGACCGGCUCGUCGUCUCUCUCGAUCGCCGCGGCUUCGGCGCUCAAGAGGCGUGCCGUGCCGCGCUGCAGGUCCUACCUCUCGACCGGCCCCUCGGUCUCGAGGCUGCCCAGCGCCGCCUCUGUCGUCGCUUCUUCGUCCGACUCCAACUCCGGCUCCGGCUCCAACUCGUCCCCCUCCUCGUCCUCUGCAUCCUCGUCUUCGAACAACAACAGCAACGGCUCCUCGUCCUCCGGCAGCAACGGCAACGGCUCCUCGCCAAGUACGGCCACCGCGCAGGAGGCCAAGGCCGACCUCGCCACCGCCCCCAACCGAGGCAAGUCGACGAGCGGCGGUCACCACCACGCUGCCGCCGCCGGCGCAUCGGCCUCGGCCAAGCAGGGCGUCGCCUCGGCCAACCCGCCGCCAUCAUCGCUGGCCAGCAUCGCCUACGAGGCCUUUUUCUCCAACGGCCGGCCCCUGCUGCAGCACGAAAUGCUUCCCCCGCGACCCAAGCACCCCGCCGCCUCCCUCUUUGCGUCCUCCACGUCAACGUCCAAGCCCGGCUCGGGUAGCAGCACUGGCGCCGGCAGCCUCACCGCCUUUUUCACUGGCGACGGCGCGCUGGCGGCGUUUGGUUCGAUGAACCCCUUUGAGUCGCAGUCGCAGUGGAGGAGGCGGAUCCGCACCAUCUCGCCGGACCGCUUCUCGAAGCUCGUCGAUGGCCUCGCGGGUCUCGAAGGCCAGGGGACAAAAGAUGCGAGCGCUGCCGACGCCGCCGCCGAGGGCGAGGCGGCGACGUCGGAGCCCCGGUGGCUGAUCUCUUCGUUUAUCCCGCAGUCGGACCGCGUUGCGCUUGAGUCGGCCAAACUCGAGGAGGAGGAGAGGCUCAAGGAAGAGGAGGAGGAGGCGGUGCAGAGCGCGCUCGAGCGCGGCGAGGACCCGGACGUUGCGCGCAAGCUCGGCAUCGAGGCCGACCUCAUCAUCCUCGGCGAGCCCAACGGGCCGUCGCCGGACUGGUCGCGCGGCGUGGCCACCUACCUGGCCGAGAAGGGCAGGGCGUACGAGGCCCCACCGGCGCCGCAGGCCCGCCGCAAGGAUGCCGGCACCGUCGGCGGCGAUGAUGCGUCGUCGACCUCGCCCGCAGCGCUGUCGGAGCAAGAGAUCCAGGAGGCGAUCGAGGACGCCGCGUCGCGGAUGCCGCACGCGGCCAGCACCGCGUUCUACACCGACGACGACCCCAACCUGAUCCUCUCGCACGCGCUGGUGCAGGUGACCCUGCCGCUGGCGCUCAAGUGGGACCGGCUCGUGUCGCAGAUGGACGCCGUGGCGCUCGACCGCCCGGAAAAGGCGCUCGAGGGCAUCGACCUGACCAAGCUCGACGCCCGGAUCCCGCGCGUCAAGGCGCCGCACGCCGAGCGCGACGCCUACGACGUCCAGAUGGACAGCGUGCGCCGGAAGAGGAGGAAGAAGAUCAGGAAGCACAAGUACAAGAAGCUUCGCAAGGAGCAGCGCGCAGAGCGCCAGAGGAUGAAGAAGUAA